AUGAAGUCCACGACGCUAACCCUCACAUUCGCGGCUCUCUCCGUCUCCCUCAUCCAACUUGUUGCCGCUCAGCCACACCGUGUACGGCACCCGCGACUCCAUAAGAAGGGCAAUGUCGUGGUCACAGUAGUCAACACGGUCUACGCGACGCCCACCGAGGCGCCCAAGGUGGUCGUCUACGUCGACCAGAACGGCAUUCCCGUGGCGACCGUGGUUGACCAUCCGGAAGUAACCGUCCCGCCGGAGCCCGCCUACACCCCCUCCUCGACCAGGUCCUCGUCGACGUCCUCGUCGUCCCCCCCCGUGAAGCCACCGUACGUGGCCAACACCGCUCCGAAAGGGUACCCGGUAGGGAACCCGCCCAUGCCUGCCUACGCCCCGGCCCCGGUCGAGACACCGGCUGCCCCGGUGGAGACUCCAGCUCCGGGCUACGUCCCGGUCCCGGUCGAGACACCAGCGGCUCCAGUCGAAGACGAAGACGAAAAAGAAAAAGCUCCCCUUCCGGCCUAUUCUCCGGUCCCCAUGGAGAAACCCGCGGCGCCUUCCUCCGGCGACAAAUCGGGCUUUGGUCUCGUUUACUCGCCCUACAAAGCCGACGGCACCUGCAAGACCCAAAAGGAUGUCAGCCUAGACUUCGAAUCCAUCUCCAAGGACUACACCCUCAUCCGAUUGUACGGAACGGAUUGUGACCAAGUCGCGACCGUCCUCCCUGUCAUCAAGGAACGCGGAAUCAAACUCUUCGCUGGUAUCUUCGAGAUCACGGAUCUCCAGAGCGAGGUGAACACGAUAGCGGAGGCGGCCGAUGGUGACUGGAGCAACUUCCACACCAUCUCCGUGGGCAACGAACUCGUCAACUUUGGGAAAGCCACGCCCGAAGCCAUCGUCGCCGCCAUCGGGGAGGCGCGCGGGCUCCUGAAGGCGGCGGGCUACACCGGCAACGUCGUCGCUGUCGACACCCUGGUCGCCGCGCGGGCCAACCCUUCCAUCUGCGACGCCUCGGACUACUGUGCCGUCAACUGCCACCCGUUCUUCGAUGGAAAUGUCGCCGCGGAAGAUUCCGGCAAGUUCCUCACGGAACAGACGGCCACCCUGAAGGAGAAGCUGGCCGACAAGAACAUGAAGGUGGUCGUCGCCGAGACGGGAUGGCCGUGGCAAGGACUGACCAACGGAAAGGCCGUCCCCUCUCUCACCAACCAACAAGCGGCCAUCAAAUCCAUCAAGACCAGCUACUCGGACAGUCCCGAGUCCGUCAUCCUGUUUACCGCCUUCAACGAUCUGUGGAAGACCAACGAUGCGUCGCAAUACCAGGCCGAGGAAUUCUGGGGCUUGGACGGCCAGUUUGCCCCAUCCGGAUAG